CCGGCCCAGCCGGGGACACCGACCGAAGGGAGCCAAUGCAGCGGCCGAGGCAGGCCGGCGCCCCGAGCCGCUGCCUGGCGACUGACGUGGGAGACGCGCCGAGGCAAGCUCGAUCCCCAACGGCGGACUGAGCUCCGGGUGGAUGCUGAGCCCCUGCCGGCCGCUCCGGACUCCGCUUCCCCAGCAGCCGGAAGGAAGAGAGGCCGCGGCCCCGGGACCGGCUGCCUUCUCUAUGCGCCCGCCGAGCGCGGAUCUGCCGGCGCUUCUCCGGGCCGGCCAUGGAGCAGACCUACGGCGAAGUGAACCAGCUGGGCGGCGUCUUCGUGAACGGGCGCCCGCUGCCCAACGCCAUCCGCCUGCGUAUCGUGGAGCUGGCGCAGCUGGGCAUCCGGCCCUGCGACAUCAGCCGGCAGCUGCGCGUCUCGCACGGCUGCGUGAGUAAGAUCCUGGCCCGCUACAACGAGACGGGCUCUAUCCUGCCCGGCGCCAUCGGGGGAAGCAAGCCGCGCGUCACCACCCCAAACGUGGUCAAGCACAUCCGCGACUACAAGCAGGGCGACCCGGGCAUCUUCGCCUGGGAGAUCCGCGAUCGCCUGCUGGCCGACGGCGUCUGCGACAAGUACAACGUGCCCUCGGUCAGCUCCAUCAGCCGCAUCCUGCGCAACAAGAUCGGCAGCCUCUCGCAGCCCGCCGGCCUCUACGAGGGCAGCGGGGGCGCUGGCGGCAAGCAACCCGCCCCGCAGCCCGCCCUGCCCUACAAUCACAUCUACCAGUACCCCUACCCGGGCGCCGUGUCCGCCUCCGCCGCCAAGCUGGGAAGCCACCCCGGCGCGCCCAUCUCCGCCGCCCACGUCAGCCUGCCUCGCUCCUGGCCCUCCGCGCACUCGGUCAGCAACAUUUUGGGCAUCCGCACCUUCGUGGACCAAAGCGGAACCCUGGCCGGGACUGAGAGCACAUCCUACCCUCCCAAAAUAGAAGACUGGCCGAGUGUGAAUAGAACCACCUUCCCCGCAGCCGGCCAAGGCGUCAACACGCUCGACAAGUCGGCGGCCGACACAGACAUUAAAUACCCGCAGCCUCCACCUGGGCUCUCGGCUGUGAGCACCUUCCUGCCCCCCUGCGCUUACCCGGCCUCCAGUCAGCCCGGCGUCUACGGAGGCCCCGCCGGGAGCUACCUCAGUCCGGCCCACCCCUGGCAGACGCAAGGCGCCCCACUCGCCCACCACCACGGGCCUGGCGUGACUGUCCACGGGGGAGAGCUGACUCCGCCCGUGGCCUUCAAACACCCCUCCAGAGAAGUCCAAGGCAGAAAACAAGUUGCCAGCCCAGCGGGAGGCAAAGCGUCAGCAGAAGCCCUCAUCAGCAUCCACGGACUUUCUAUCCCUGCCUCCUCAUCCUAGAACAUGGGGAAAUGGCACCUGAGAGAGGUGGGGAGCACCCCAGAGGAGAGAGGCGACGCAGCCACUGAGGCAACAUGGCCGCCCGAGACAACGUGGCUGCCUUCUCUCACAGAGCUUUCCCGCUGAAAACAGUUGCGGAGGGAUCCGAAAGACAAACUUGUCUCUGAGGGUGAAGGAGGUGCUAACAGGAAGAGCAUCCUUGAAAUAAAGGUGGUGAGACGUCUGCACAGGAGCACAGGGGGAAACAAGCGCCCAUGGACUAUUUUGCCUCCCAGUUGCCUGUGUGGAGAGACCCAUUUUGGGAUUUAUAAAAAAGGAGGGCGGAACUCAUAGGACUUGCUCUCCUGUUAUUUUUAUACACUAGUGAAGUGGGAAAGAAAUGGCACUUACAGCUCCUGUAAUAAUAACUAAACCACAGAAAACCGAUACUAUUGGUGCCUUACCGCACCUGUAAUAAUAAAUCGCAGAAAACCGAUACUAUUGGUGCCUUGGAAGAAUCCUUAUCAUUGCAACUCUUCUAUACGUCUAUUUCCCCCUCAAGUUGCUCUGACUUCCAGAAGGCACUGAAACACCAUCUUUCCCCACCCUCUGUGCUGUUGUGGGGUUUUUUGGGGUGGGGGGGAGAAAAAAUACAUUCUCCCUGAAUAAUAUAUGUUUCUCAUUUCCCCUUUCAUCUAAAUAUUGGCUUCACAAACACUAGGCCUGAAAAGACUUUUGUCAGGGAUUUGGAUCAACAGAAUUUUGAGUGUUUUUUUCACACACAUCCCUUCUUUUUGAUUUAAUAGCAAAGAGUUUCAGAACUGGGAUGGAAGUAUAGCUUUUUGUUUCAAGGAGGCAUGAAGAGAAACAAAGGACGUAUUGCACAAUAUGAGUGUAGCGCGCAUUCACAUGUGUUUUCCCCCUUCUCAAGUGAGCUAAGCACUCUUCUUAACACCUCAGGCCAACAUCUUGCACUGCUUCUUUGAGGCCAGUGUAGAUAGGAUCCCGCUCCCCCGACUCCCGUAAAAGGACAAGUCAGUAACAAUUUUAUCUGAUCUUAUUUUUUUUGAUCAAACCAAUAAAAGGUGAAUAAAAAUGGGGCCUGAGCGUUAUUCCUUUCAAAGCCUGUGUGCCUUGUGCAGGAAAGGGUGUUGUGUGGCUGUUGUUGCUAAAGCCACCCAUCUAGUCCAAUCCCUAACUGCAUUGAUGUAAAAUGAAGCUCCACUG